UUAUUAUAUUUUAAUUUAAUUCUAUUUAUACAUUCAGUUUCCUUGUGUUUCUCACGUUUGGUUUUAAUAAAAGUUUAUUUAAAUAAACUAAUAAGACUUAUUCAUGGUGCCAAAUGCGAAGCAAAAGAAAAAGGUUUUUAAAGAAAAGAAGAAAAUGUGGUAGAGAAAGAAAAGAAUUUUUUGAACGAGUAAUGUAAGAAAACAGAGAGAAAAGUCUGUGAAAUUCCGAAACGAAGCGCGUGCGAAGAGAGAGUGAGGAUUAGGAAGUUCCUUCACCUCGACGGUACGGUGAAAGAAGUGGGAGAAUCAAAAUCAGAAUUGGCGUGAUCAAAACGACGACGAUCUGGUGUUGAUGGCGGCGACGUCGUAUCUGACGGCGACGCAGAGGUACGCAGCGGGAGCGCUGUUUGGGCUGGCUCUGCAUCAGGCCCAACUUCACCAGACUCACCCUCUGGGCCUAUCCACCGACGACUUCCCUUGUGAAAGUGAAAGCCCUGUCGCAGUUUCCGAAGACCCCAACCUUUGGGCCCAUCACCAUUCCGCUUUGCUCCGUCCUGUUUUCAAGUACCUAGAUAUUGAUUCCGCAGCUUGGUCUGGACUCGAGGAAACUGCUGGCUCUGCUUCAGCUACACGUCACGUCGGACCAUUCUUGAGACUAUUAUCAGAGGAACUUGAUGAUGAUUCUUCCCAAAGGUCAGAUCAAGAACUUGCUUUGUCAGAAGCCGUUGAUGCCAUGGUACUUAGGCUGGAAAUGAAUUCAGAUUCUCCCAGGUCUAGAAGGAAAAAGUUACGUGAAUAUGAGCACCAAUGCCGUGAAAAGUUUUCAACUGCUGAUGCUGAACCAAAUUCUGAGAAGGUAGAUAUAAAAUUAGAAACCCAGUCGAGGACAGGUACAAGUACUCCUUUCCUUGACUGUGAAGAGCCACAUGAGGGAUCUAUCGAUGGUUAUAUUGAUGAGUGUCCAGUUGAAGAGGUAAUGAUUCUCAGCUAUCAGAGGAAGCUGACAGUGCUCUACGAACUUCUCUCUGCCUGUCUGUCAGAUUUAGACGAAAAUAACAAGAAAUAUAGGCAGAGGAGAAAGGGCUAUGAUGCUCGACAUCGUGUCUCUCUACGACUGCUGGCAACUUGGCUUGAUAUCAAGUGGACAAAAAUGGAAGCCAUUGAGACAUUAGUUUCUAGUUCUGCAAUGGCUUUCAUUAAAGAGCAAGAGUCAAGUAAAGAAGAAACUCAGGCAAAAGAAAGCAAGUGGGCUAAAUGGAAGAGGGGUGGUAUUAUUGGUGCUGCUGCCUUAACUGGGGGAACUUUGAUGGCUAUUACUGGUGGAUUAGCUGCCCCAGCAAUUGCUGCAGGACUUGGUGCUUUGGCUCCAACUUUGGGUACUCUGAUCCCUGUUAUCGGAGCAAGUGGAUUUGCUGCAGCUGCUAGUGCUGCUGGAACUGUUGCUGGUUCUGUUGCUGUUGCUGCAUCAUUUGGAGCUGCUGGAGCUGGACUCACUGGAACCAAAAUGGCUAGGAGAGUUGGGGAUGUUGAUGAGUUUGAAUUCAAAGCUAUAGGAGAAAACCAUAACCAAGGUAGGCUUGGGGUUGAGAUCAUGAUCUCUGGAUUUAUCUUUGAGGAUGACGAUUUUAUAAGGCCAUGGGAAGGACUGAAUGACAACUUAGAGAGGUAUGCACUACAGUGGGAGUCCAAGAAUCUAAUUGCCCUGAGCACUGCAAUUCAGAAUUGGCUUACUUCAAGAAUUGCAACGGAGCUGAUGAAGCAAGGGGCAAUGAUGACUGUCAUGCAUGCUCUUUUAACUGCAUUGGCUUGGCCAGCAGCAUUAUUUGCAGCAACUGAAUUCAUAGACAGCAUAUGGACAAUUGCUAUUGACAGAACAGACAAGGCAGGAAAGUUGCUUGCUGAAGUAUUAUUGGGAGGAUUGCAGGGAAAUAGGCCUGUGACACUUGUAGGUUACUCACUUGGGGCUAGAGUUAUUUUCAAGUGUCUUGAGUUUUUGGCUGAAACAGAGAACAGUGCUGAACUGGUAGAGAGAGUUGUUCUUCUUGGAGCACCCAUUGCGAUCAAGGAUGAGAAUUGGGAAGCUGCUAGAAAGAUGGUUGCAGGAAGAUUUGUAAAUGCCUAUUCAAGAAAUGACUGGAUGCUUGGAGUUGCUUUCCGCGCCAGUCUACUUUCUCAAGGAUUGGCUGGAAUCCAACCUGUCGAUAUUCCUGGGAUCCAAAAUGUUGACGUGACAGAUCACAUCGAGGGGCACUCUUCAUAUUUGUGGGCUACACCACGGGUGUUAGAUGAACUUGGAUUAGAUUCGUAUUAUCCCGUUUAUAACAACUUACUCUCCUAACAGUGAUCCUUUCUAAUUCCUCUUGGUUUGAAUAUAUGUACAACUUCCUAGUGUUCAUGUCAAGUGGAUCGGAUUCUCCCUCAAUUCUCCAGAGAAAUAUACAGUAAUAAUGGCCUGUUUCAUAUCUUUUCACCAAACUGCUUGGAUUGAAUUAACGCCUUGUAUAUGGAUUACUGUUACUGUAUAGCCUGCGUGCCACAUGAGCAACAUAUAUUAUUAAAACUAAAACUCUCCAUUGUUGAUGUUUUACGAUAAUGCAAAAAAUAUUUGCAAAUUUUUAAUUAUCAAUAUACUUUCGGACAGGGUGAUUGCAUA